AUGUCAAUCCCAAACCCAUCUGGUCGUGUUACCACAUUGAGCGCUGAUGAAGAGCGUAAAUUGAAAGAAGUUUGGGCUCAUUUCCUUAGAUUUUGGGGUACUCCCGUCACACUACCUUCAGCUCCAAAAAGAACAGCAACAACAACAAGUGUUGCUUCAACUAAAUCAAAUGGUGAUGAUAAAGGUAAAAAGAAAAUGUUUUCAAAAUUCCGUCGUGGUCACAAGGCAUCUAAAUCAAGUGAAAAAAACGAAUUAACUUCAACAAGAUCAAAUGAAUCUAUUGAAGCAAAUUAUACACAUAAAAGUAUUCAUGAAUCUUUUAAAGAUUUACAACCGGAAGAUAUUUAUGAAAAUUUCUGGAAUAUGUUAAGAACUGAUUCUCCUGAUAAUCUGAUAUUAAGAUUCUUAAGAGCAAGAAAAUGGGAUUCCGAUAAAGCUCUGGCUAUGCUGGCUCAUACUUUACAUUGGAGAUUAAAAGAAAGUCAUGUUGAAGAUUUAUUAUUUGGCGGUGAGAAAAGAGGUAUUGACAAUGGUGAAGAUGGUUUCCAUUUACAAUUCAAACUAUCCAAAGCUUACUUUAGAGGUUAUGAUAAUGAAGGUAGACCAAUUGUUAUUAUCAGACCAAGAUUACAUCAUUCCAAUGAACAGACUGAAGAAGAUAUUCAAAAAUAUACUUUAUUAGUUAUUGAAGAAGCUAGAUUAUUAUUAAAAGAACCAGUUGAUUCAUGUUCUGUCCUUUUCGAUUUAACCGAUUUUACAAUGUCAAAUAUGGAUUAUGCCCCUGUUAAAUUCAUGAUUGGUGUUUUUGAAGCUCAUUAUCCAGAAUCUUUAGGUAAAUUAUUCAUUCAUAAAGCACCAUGGAUUUUCCCACCAAUUUGGAACAUUGUUAAAAACUGGUUAGAUCCUGUUGUUGCUGCAAAGAUUAGUUUCACCAAAACUGCUAAAGAUUUACAUCAAUUUAUUCCAAUGAAAUAUAUUCCAAAUUCUUUAGGUGGUGAAGAUGAAUUUGAAAUGGAAUAUGUUGAACCAGUAGAAGGUGAAGAUGAAUUAUUAAAUGAUAAAUCAACAAGAGAUCAAUUGAAAUCACAAAGAAAAGAAAUUAUCACAAAAUUUAUUGAAGCUACAGUUAAUUGGAUUGAAUCUAAUUCAGAUGAAGAAAGUAAGAAAUUCUUGAAUGAAAAAAUCGAAUUAGGUCAUCAAUUAAGUAUCAACUACGCUCAAUUAGAUCCUUAUAUUAGAGCUAGAUCUGUUUUUGAUAGAAUUGGUAUGAUUGAUGUUAAAAAAAGUGCUGGUUUAGAAAAUUAA